AAGUAGAACAAAGCAUAGAAAAAGAAUCGUAAGUUGUACGGUAGAGGUUUCCAUUUCUGAUGCCCAUUCCAAUUUAGCUUCACCAGCGAUCAUCCAUCGCUUCAACCCGAACCCGAAAUAGAAAACUAGGGUCCGAUGGCGAGCCUGUGGCGGGCCGUGACGGGCCAGCCCGAGAAUCCCGACAACUACGAUGGCGUGGAGUACUGGUCCAACCCGGAGCGAACCGGGUGGCUGACGAAGCAAGGCGAGUACAUCAAGACAUGGCGCCGUCGCUGGUUCGUGCUCAAGCAAGGUAAGCUCUUCUGGUUCAAGGAGUCCACGGUCACCCGCGGCUCUAUUCCACGUGGCGUCAUCCCGGUGGCUAAUUGCCUCACCGUCAAGGGCGCCGAGGACGUCCUCAACAAACAGUACGCCUUCGAGCUCUCCACCCGCUCCGAGACCAUGUACUUUAUUGCCGACUCCGAGAAGGAGAAAGAGGAUUGGAUCAACUCCAUCGGACGGUCCAUAGUGCAGCACUCUAGGUCAGUUACCGACUCGGAGAUCGUCGAUUACGAUAGCAAGCGGUGAGAUUUAGAAGUCGACUAGCUGAGCUCGAUCUUUGUAUCUUUGCACAUGGAUAAUUUGGUGGAAUUUUGUGGGGUCUCUAAGUUUCUGUUUGUAUAUGGAUUCGGAUCGAUCCGUGUUUGUGGUCUUUGUAAGGAUAUUCUCUCUGUUUGGUAAUGAUUAGUGUUCGGUGAUCGGAUCUUAUGGUGCGGUAAA